CGGUGCACGCGCUCUGUGUCUCUUUUUUUGGGGUGAUCAUGCAGCACCCUUUGGACAUGGGGGCGCAUUACUACGCCCCGGAGGUGCAGCCGCACGACCACAGGACUCAUCGCUACAGGAGUUUCAUGAUAGAGGAGAUCCUGACCGACCACCCGGAGCACAAAGCGUCGGCUCCGGCCGGGGAGCUGCUGAAGUUCGGGGUGCAGGCGCUCCUCUCCGCCCGGCCUUUCCAUAACCACCUGGUGCUGAAAGCCGACCAGACGAGCCUCCUCAAGUUCCCCAUGUCCCCGCUGUCUUGCUCGCUCGGCUCCCCGCUCGGCUCUCCUCUCAGCGCCCAGCUGCUGUCCGCGGCUUCGGGCCUGCAGAUCGGCGCGGCGUCUCACCACCUGCCGCUGGACCUGCACCUCCGCGGCGGGAAGCUGGAGCACGGGUCCGACGGGAGCGGUAAGAGCAAGAAGGGCCGCCGGAGCCGCACGGUGUUCACCGAGCUGCAGCUCAUGGGGCUGGAGAAGCGCUUCGAGAAGCAGAAGUAUCUGUCCACGCCCGAUAGAAUAGACCUGGCCGAGUCUUUGGGCCUCAGUCAGCUGCAAGUGAAAACAUGGUACCAGAACAGACGGAUGAAAUGGAAGAAAAUUGUGUUGCAGGGGGGAGGCCUGGAGUCUCCCACCAAGCCGAAGGGCCGCCCGAAGAAGAACUCCAUCCCCAGCAGCGAGCAGCUCUCCGAGCAGGAGCGAACCGCCGCCGACGCCGACCGCCAGUCCGAAGGCUCGAGCUCCCAGUCGGAGACCGCGCAGGAGGAGUGAACCGGCCCGUGGAGAGCCGCGCGGACACUCCCGGCUCUACACACGCGCGCGCAGAGCAUCCCGGGACGCUCGGCGUGUUUUUUUUGUCUUCCGGGUGGAGCAGGAGGGCUCCGGUGCUGCUGAAGCUGGACCGUCUAUGCAGGAUAGCCUGAACUGUUAACACGCGCCGACAUCCUCU